AGCAGUAUAAACUACUGUAGUGGCUGCCGACGGUGUAAGAGAGAUGGUUAAAGGAAUGGGAGCCUCUGAAUUUUCCCCCGAUAAACUGAUAAAAAAUUUAGACUCCCAACAAGGCAAGAACUUAUGCCAGACCCAUGCUGACACCUCACUGUCUGUGUGCAGUAAACUCUGCUUUGCCAUUGGAGGGGCUCCUAUCCAAGUGGCUGGGAGUGCCACGGCAUUUUUCCUGCAGAUCUACUUGUUGGACAUUGCACAAAUUAACCCCUUCCAUGCUUCACUGGUGCUGUUCAUUGGGAAAGCAUGGGGGGCUGCGAAUGAUCCAAUUGUAGGCUUUUUCGUCAGUAAAAGUAAGUGGACGAAGAUUGGGAGACUGAUGCCAUGGAUGGUGGGCUGCACCCCGUUUGUCGUGGUGUCCUACUUCUACUUGUGGUUUGUUCCCCCCUUCACUUCUGGGAAAUUCAUCUGGUACCUGGGAUUCUACUGCCUUUACCAGACUCUGAUCACCUGUUUCCACGUGCCAUAUUCUGCUCUCACCAUGUUCCUCAGCACAGACCAGAAGGAGCGGGAUUCUGCAACGGCCUACAGAAUGACCAUGGAAGUUCUUGGCACUUUAAUUGGAGCUGCCAUCCAGGGACAGAUAGUAGCCAGUGCCCAUGCAUCCAGGCACUGUCCACUUUACAACACAUCUAUUGACGCCUCUUCCAAUGCUACUGAAGACUCGGAGAGCUCAAAUAGCACCCCUAGUUCAACAAUGACCCACGAUUUCCUCCGACAAGCAAAAGAAGUCUAUAUGAUAGCUGCAGGUGUCAUAGGUGCACUGUUUGUUUUAUGCACAGUGGUUUUAUUUAUGGGGGUCAAAGAAAAAGAUGACCCCUACGCUCUGAAAACUGACAAGCCAAUACCGUUCUUAAAAGGCCUACAGCUGGUGAUGAAGCAUGGACCUUACAUUAAACUGACGGCUGCAUUUCUAUUUAUAUCUGUUGCCAUUCAGAUGGUGCAGAGUAAUUUUGUUCUCUUCUGUACAUAUGCUGCUGAUCUUCGAGAUCAUUUUCAAAACAUUGUUCUCACGAUUCUAAUGUCCGCUCUUGUGAGCAUCCCAUUUUGGCAGUGGUUUCUGCAGAGGUUUGGCAAGAAGACAGCGGCAUACUGUGGCAUUUCAUGGAUCAUCCCAUUUGCAGUUAUGCUGGUCAGCAUCCCUAAUAUCAUAGUGGCUUAUGCAGUGGCUUUGUCGUCUGGUCUGAGCGUGGCAGCCUCUCUUCUUUUACCAUGGUCCAUGUUGCCUGAUGUGGUUGAUGACUUUAGAUUAAUAAAUCCACACUCCAAGGGACAUGAAGCUAUCUUCUAUUCAUUUUAUGUGUUCUUCACAAAAUUUGCAGCUGGAGUUUCUUUAGGAGUGUCAACGCUUUGUCUUGAAUUUGCCGGCUAUGAUACAGGGGCUUGUAAACAGCCCCCCCACGUGGCCUACAUCCUGAAGCUGCUAAUUGGAGCGGCCCCAGUAGUGUUCAUCGUGAUGGGGUUAGUCAUCCUGCUGUUAUAUCCAAUAACUGAGGAAGUCAGAAUACGGAACAAGCAAUCCCUCUCUGAGCUCAGAAAACAAGGUCCAAGUCCAGGAAGCCAAGUAAAUGAAGAAAGAAACAUUGCAUAAUGGACUGUGAAGACACCUGCGGGAACCUCAGAUUCUGGACUCCCUGGAAUGUGCAAGAGAUUGGUGUAUAUUACACCGAGAGAAAAAUAACCUAUUGCUGUAUUUUUAUCACAUGAAAAUAUUAGUUCUCUAUUUUAUAGAAGGUAUAAUGAAAGAAAAAAACUAUAUGUAUAUUUGCAUACAUAUUUUUAUACUUGAAUGAAUGUAUAUAUUUUUUGUAUUUUCUUUAACCUCCAUUCACCUGAGUUAUCAUAAAAAAAUAUUUGCGCAGUUUAUGAUACUGGUGUUUCUAAAUGAAAAUGAUAAAAUGUAGUAAAACAUACAUCAGAAUAAAUCUGUUUUGGGUGGCAUAGUGCAGUCUCACAACUCCAGUGACGUGUACAAUUACUGGUUGGAUAUCAGCCAUGUGGAGUUUGCUGGUUUUUCCUGGGGCCAAGAGAGUUUUCACCAUGUAUUCUGGUUUUCUUCUACAUCCCAAA